AUGUCAGAUUGGUCAGAUCUCCCUGCUGACCUUCUGCUUCAGAUAGCCCAAAAGAUAUACUCCUUCGAAGACUUAUUUGCUUUUAGCUUAGUGUCUCGUGCAUGUAACGAGGUAGCUUUGGAGGAAAAUUCCAAGAGAUCGUCAAACACAGCCCCUUGGCUCAUUCUUCCUGAGAAAAAUGGCACUGCUAGUGAAUCCCGCGAGUUCUUGAGCCUCUACAGAGGCAGAGUUUCUCGUCUUUUACUGCCAGAAGCCAAAGGUAAGCAGUGCCUAUCCUCCCAAGGAUGGCUUAUGAUCAUAGAAUUUCAAAGAGAAAUUAGCCUUGUACAUCCUAUUUCUCAUCUAAAGAUCUCUCUCCCUCAAAUUAUAAGAUCCACAGAUUUCUUUACUGAUAAAAUAAGUAAGUUUGUAUUAUCAUCCAAUCCUAGUAGUAAUUCAGAUUUCAGGGUGAUGGCUAUUUACGGAGGUGAUAAAAGAUUGGCCUGCUGCAGACCUGGAGAUGAAGAAUGGACGAAAAUCCGUACGAGUUCUUCUCCUUGCACCGAUUUGAUAAAUUACAAGGGACAAUUCUGUGUUCUUGAUGAUGAGUAUAGGGUUUUGGCAGUUAAUUUUAAAGGUUCUAAUUCAGCUGCAAAUGUUCAGCUAUUUUCGGAACUAACAACCCCAGAUUUUAGAACCCUAUGGGAGUUAAGGAGGCGGCUUCUGCUUAUGCAUUGGUUUCAGAUUGGCAGGUGGAUGCGGUGUUAUUUGGUUGAAUCAGAAGGAGCACUAUUGAUAGUUAUGCAUGUUACAUAUGGAAGUCACAUUGUUCGAUCUGAUUAUAGAUACAAAAGUUGCAAUUUUGAAAUUUUUAAACUGGACUCUUCCAAAAAAGGAUUGCAAGCAGUGAAUAGCUUAGGGAACAAAGCACUGUUCUUGGGAGAACAUUCAUCUUCUUUCUUAAUUACAGCUCAUCGUGGAUCUGGAUACAAGCCUAAUUGCAUAUACUAUGCUGAAGAUUUAUCUGGAGAGAUAGAAGAGAUCGAAGAUGUGGGUGUUUACAACCUCACAGAUGGGUGCACUGAGCCCCUUCCCAAGAAUGCAUAUGUGAGUCGUGGCAGUCCAGCCUUGUGGGUUCAACCUAGUUUCUAA